CAUGGUUUUGCCAAGUGUGAAAAGGCUAUCAAACCGCACUACUCUCACGCAAGAUGCCUCCCUUCAAGAAACCGCGAAGCCAAUGAAAGACUUCAAUGAGCUCGGUGAUACAGAUAUUUCAACAUCCAACCAAAAUUCAAAAGAAGCCGAGCUAGAAGCAUCUCAAAGUACUUUGGACGACGCGCUAGAGCAACUAAUGUUCAACAUGGUUGCUGGUCACCUUGCAGCCCGCAAGCAAGACAUCACUGAAGACUACAUUGAGCAACGCGCAGUAGUCCUAGACGACAUCCACAUGGCCUUUGGCAACUUUGAAAAGGAAGCAUCGGCAGCCCACGAAGCGCAACUCAAGCGCCUCCAGGAUCUGCUAGCACAGAAAGCCAACAUCGAAGCUGCAAUGGCGGAGCUACUGGUCAGUCUGCAAAAGACAUACGUAUGA